AUGGCUCAGCAGCUAAGAGUGCUUGCAGCUCUUGCAAGGGGACAUGGGUUCAACUCCCAGCACCCACAUGAGAAGUGUUGUUCACCUUGCAUGAGGAUGAGUGAGGUAAAUCAAAGAUCCUGCCUAAGCCUCAACACCCCUUCCAACUCUACCGAUCUUACUUCUACCCAAACUUGGACACAUACUAACUCUCUUGACUCCCCAUGUGCUAAUGGGGUCAUGGUGAACAUGAGUUAUUUAAGCAAUAUGGAGCUACAAAUCUUUAAGACGCUGUUGAUGGAUAAGAAGCUCCUGCCGGACUCUCUAGGCAUCACCUGGGAGCAGCUGAACAGAGCCAGCUGGGCAGAGACGGUUCAUCUCUUAGUAGACUCCCUACCUGGAGCACUGGCCUGGAAUGUGGCUUGUGAAAUCCUCCAGAAAAUGAACCAGAGAAGGAUUUGUUCCCUGCUACAGAAGGAGUUAAAGGACCUUCUUCCUACCUUGGAACCAGUGGACUCCCAUCUAAGGAAGACACCGCUGAGUCUGACAAAAGAAGAAUGUGAUAAAAUACGGAAGUACAAACAGCACGUGGUACAAAAGAGCCUCCCUGUGUGGGACACCACCGUCUGGCCUGGAAACCAAGCAGAUUUUUUGUACAUCAAUGUGAGAAACCACGCGGCAAUCUUGCCAUGUCUCUUUCUACCCAGGAGUCCCCAGGGGAGACAGCCUAAGAUAGUGGUCAUCCAUGGAAUUCCUGGUAUUGGAAAAACAACGCUGGCCAGACAGACGAUGCUGAUGUGGGCGCAAAACAAGUUCUACGCGCACAAAUUCAAGUUUGCUUUCUAUUUCCACUGCCGGGAACUGAACUGGGUGGGAGAGCGCAGCUUCUCGGAGCUGAUCGAGGACCAAGGGCUUAGGUCUCAGGCUCUCGUGUCUAAGAUUUUAUCCAGACCAGAUCAACUUCUGCUCCUGUUGGAUGGCUUUGAGGAGCUCACGUCUUGCCUCAUCACAAGACCAGCUGAUCUGGUGGAAGACUGGAACCAGAAGUUGCCUGGAGCUGUUCUCCUGAGCAGCUUGUUAAGCAAAAGGAUGCUUCCAGAAGCCACACUCCUGAUCAUGGUGAGACCGACCUCCUGGAGAGGAGUUAAAGUCUUAGUCAAGCGACCUUCCCAUGUCACCCUGACUGGAUUUAGGAGGACUGAAACGCUCAACUAUCUCAGGUCAUAUUUUAGAGACAGGAUGAUAAGGAACCAAGUUGUGGAUUUUGCCAUGAAAAACACCAUUCUCUUGUCCAUGUGUCGGGUCCCUGUGGUGUGCUGGAUAGUGUGCCAUUGUCUAAGAAAACUAAUGCAGAAAAUGGUAAAUCUCACAAAGGCUUGUCCAAAUGCAACAUCUGUGUGUGUGUUGUAUCUGGCUACCCUGUUCCCAACCAUAUGUAAGAAACUUUCCGGCAGUAAUUACCAAAAGCAAUUGGAAGGUGUGUGCUGUCUGGCUGCCCGGGGUAUAUGGGACCUGAAGAGUGUGUUUGAUAAGAGGGACUUUCGGCAUGUCAAGGUGGAUGAGGCCACCAUAGACACUUUCCUUCAAGUGAACAUUCUUCGAAAGCUAGAAGACCAAGGAGACCGGUACGUGUUUGCCUUGUUUAUCUUCCAGGAGUUUUUUGGCGCCCUGUUUUAUAUUCUCUAUUUCCCCCAAAGAAUUAUAUAUUAUCACCCACUGAGCCAAGUGAACAUCCAGGAUCUGAUCACAAUGUCACAAUCCAGAGAAAACUGUGAGACUCAGAUGGGGCUUUUCUUAUUUGGUCUUUUAAAUGAAGCGUGUGCUGGCAUCGUGAUGAGGUCCUUCAAGUGCAGAUUGGCCUUGGGUAACAAGUUGAAGGCCAUAAGCGUGAUAACCCAUUUGAAUGACAGUGGAUGCUAUGACUGCUCCCAGCUCUUCCCCUGCCUGACCGAAGUCGGGGAGAAGAGCUUUGUCUACAGUGCCCUGAAAAGCUACCAGAAAGUCUCUCUGAAACUCGGGAGCCUGAAGGACCUUCAGCUGUCUGCGUUUUGCCUUAAGUACUGCCAAGAUUUGGAGAAAGUAGAACUGACUCUGUCGAGAGCCUUCCACCAGGAGCUCUGGCAGGACUCAUCAGAUCCUUCCCAGAGCAGCACUCAACUGAGAGAGAAUAAGAUCUUCAGCUGGUGGCAAGAUAUCUGCUCUGUGUUUGAAACAAAUAAAGGCCUGGAAGUGCUGUCGGUGACUGACAGCGUCCUGGAGGCCCAUUUCAUACAGAUAGUCACCACCACCCUGCAGAAGCCCCAGUGUAAAGUGCAAAGGUUACAAUUGGGCAUGGCAGCACACACUGCACAUGCUCAAGAUUGGGCAGCACACUGCACACACUCAAGAUUGGGCAGCUCACAUUGCACACGCUCAAGAUUGGGCAGCAUACACUGCACACGAAUAAGACUGGGCAUGGCAGCACACACUGAACAUGCUCAAGAUUGGGCAUCACACACUGCACAUGCUCAAGAUUGGGCAGCACACUGCACACGCUCAAGUUUGAGGCAUGUGAGUCACUUCCUCUGUGUUCUGAGUGAAAAACAGCAUCUGAGACAGCCAGGAGCAGAGCGCACAAAACUGGGGGAGGAGGCCAUGAAAUCCCUGUGCAUAGCACCGAAAUCACCCCGGUGUCUUCUGCAGUGUGUAAGACUGAAGCACUGUGAGGCCAGCUUUAAAGACUGGAUUCAUCUUACCAACAAUCUUCAAAUGAACAGGCACCUGAAGGCUCUGCUAAUGACAGCAAGCUCCCCAAACAUUUAUGCAGUGAAGUACCUGAUGCUGAGUUACCUCAGGGAACUGAUGCUGGAGAAUUGUAACCUCACUGAGGCCUCUUGUCAAGAAAUUGCCUUCGUUCUCAGGCACAGUAAGCUGCUGACCCACCUGAGCCUGGCAGAGAAUGACUUGAAGGAUGCAGGAUCAAGGCAUAUCUGGAAUGCUCUGGAACAUUUAAUGUGUCCUUUGCAAAGACUGGUGCUGAGGCAGUGUUCUUUGACUUCAGCAUGCUGUCAAUAUAUAAUGUCAUCUCUCAAGAACAAUAAAAUCCUGCAAAGUCUGGACCUGAGCUUCAACAGCCUGAUGGACGACGGGAUCAUCCUACUCUGUGGAGCUCUGGCAGAUGCCGACUGCAACUUGUUGGUCCUGGAGCUGGAACGGUGUUGGUUCACCUCCGCCUCUUGUCAUGCUCUGGCAUCCAUGCUCUGCAGAAACAGGAAGCUGAGGUACCUGGACCUGAGCAAGAACAUUAUCAGAAUCAGUGGCAUGCUGACCUUGGCCGUGGAGUUCCUCAGACAGAGGCGGGCAGAAGAGGUCGUACUAGACCAGGAAUUUGCUGUCCACACACAUGGCCAUUGGCCAGAGGACAGAGAUCUGCUGUCCACACACGUGGCCAUUGGCCAGAGGACAGGAAUCUGCUGUCCACACACAUGGCCAUUGGCCAGAGGACAGGAAUCUGCUGUCCACACACGUGGCCUUUGGCCAGAGGACAGGAAUCUGCUGUCCACACACAUGACCAUUAGCCAGAGGACAGGAACCUGCUGUCCACACAUGUGGCCUUUGGCCAGAGGACAGGAAUCUGCUGUUCGCACACAUGGCCAUUGGCCAGAGGACAGGAAUCUGCUGUCCACACACGUGGCCUUUGGCCAGAGGACAGGAAUCUGCUGUCCACACAUGUGGCCAUUGGCCUGUGCUGUUCUAUAG